UGUCAAACGAAAAUUUUCCGAUCGCUCUAUGCAUAGCUGUGUGUGGAGGGGUGGUGAUUUAAAAAACGAUGAUACACUUCACUAGUACACACUAGUGGCUGUGACUUGUGUGUACAUUGUAAUAGAACGUAAUUACACUGCAAGCUCGCGAUGGUUCGAAUGUAAUCUGCUCGGCGUACAUUGUGUGAAAAAUCCCGUGCGUAUGCUGGCUGCUGUGAGCGGACGUGUGAACAUUCUGCACCAAUCCCUACUUCCCCCUUCGGAUCGACCUCGGUUAUCGAUUAUUUGCGACAAGGAUACACACCAGGCUGAUUUGUUUGCACAAUCACAGUACCUGCUCGCCGUUCGUAUCCCCACCGACUAUUGACUUGGAAUUCAUCGUCGUCAUUGUCGUCGUGCUCGUUCAAGGAUAAGUGGCACCGUACUGCCCAUAAUAAGAGAAGUUUGUCACGUCGAGCCAUGCCCAGCACGCUGCUAUUCGCCAACAGCAAUGAGGGCCGUGUCUAUGCACUCUCCACUUCCGGAUCGGCCUGGCGCGAGUUCCUCUACCUCGGGCUGGAGUUUAAGAAGAUCUGCGUGGUGCCACACUUUAUGUGGGCGAUCGGGGGCGACCGGCAAGUGUACGUGCACGUGCACGGGCUAGACGUGCCGAUACGUCUCAAGGAGGAAGCGUACGAGAACGAGCGCUGGCUGCCGAUCGAAGGCUUCUCUAACCGCUUGCUACCUACGGAUCGGUACCAUUUCUCCAACGCGGACGGUACCGUCGACCGAAACAUCGACAAGGUGCGGCUACCCUCGAUGGCGUGGCAGUGGGAGGGCGAGUGGCAGCUCGAUCUGACCCUCGACGGGCAGCCGCUCGACCAUGACGGGUGGACGUAUGCGGUAGACUUUCCCGCCACCUACCAUCCGCAGAAGAACUGGAAGUCGUGCGUCCGGCGCCGGAAGUGGGUACGCUUCCGGCGCUACUGUGCGCUAAACUCCUGGUGUGCCGUCGCCCCGCUGCACAAAGACCCGACGCAGGAACCGUUCAUCGACGUUUCGAUCGGCGGCGCGAAUGUGCCCGGCGCAUCGCCGGGACUGCUGCUGGUGUGGGCCGUAACGGCGCACGGCCGGGUGAUGUUCCGGUCGGGCGUCAGUACCACCGCACCGGAAGGGUUGCGCUGGACGGCCGUUACCACACCGUCCGGGUGCGAGGUGUCCCAGAUAUCGGUCGGUGCCACCGGACUGGUCUGGGCCGUGCUGUACAACGGGCGAGCGAUCGUGCGGGCCGGCAUCACGCGGGACACACUGACCGGCAACAAUUGGCUGGAGGUGAAACCGCCCGGGACCAAUCUCAAGAUCGCGCAAGUGGCCGUCGGCACCAACUCCGUGUGGUGCGUCACGAACGACAAUCAUGUGUGGUUCCGGCGCGGCGUACACGGGGAAGCGUCGGGCGUUAGCGAGGAUGCCGCCAUCGGGGGCGGGUGGGUGGAGAUGGUUGGCAACAUUUCGUACAUCUCCGUGGCGGCCAACGAUCAGGUGUUUGCCGUCGGGUCGGAAGAUCGCGCCCUGUACUUCCGGUCCGGCGUGUCGGCCACCGAUCCGACCGGCAAGAAGUGGCGCCUCAUUCAGCUGCCGAUGCAGCUCAGCCGUACGUCGAGUAAUUUUUCCUUCUCCAGCCGGCAAAGUGGAAACAGCUCGCCUACUACGACGAAGCACCGCAGCUUGAACAGCCUGUACAAGGAGCGGCUGCAGCAGGAAGCGGGCAACGCGGGUGCCGCUGGCGGAGGAACGAUGGCCGGCGGGGCGGGCAUCGAGGAAACGUCCCGUUCGGCACCGACAGCAAACGUGAAGAACCGACCGGAACUGUGGCAUAAACCGGAACUGUCGCCUGAUGCGCUUGCGACCCAGCUGGAAGCGAAACAGCAUCUACAGCAGCAGCAACAGCAGCACGUGGGAAGUCUGGUGGAGAGCAAGCUCGCCAAGAAGGUGUCGCUAGAGAGUGUGGCCGGCACGAGCGUCCCGGUGAGCAACGAGGUGUACGAGAUUUCGGGCAAGCAGCUGAAAAACUCGCGCGCCUGGAGCCCGGUCCGGUCGGUUGGUUCGGUGGUCGGCACGGAGGCACACCCGGAGACGGACUCGAGCGUGUUCGAGGGCGAAACGUCCCGCGAUUCGGGCGUGUUUGGCGAGUGUGAAGACCACGGCGGGUCGCAAAACUGGACCGACUGUGAGGUGCAGUGGGUGGGCUGCUCCGCCGGUGCCGUCACAGUCGAUCCGGCCCUGCUGCCGAACUGGUUCAACGAUAGCUACUCGCAGAACGCGUCGGAAGAGCUGAACCAAUCCUGGCGGCUGCAGCUGCUGGACGAUCUCAAGAAACGUCUGCCAGCGGGCGAGAUGGAGAGCGGCGCCUUUGCACACUACGAAAAGGCGAUUGAAAUGAGCUCGUGGGUGAAAUCGGGCGAAGCGCGUUGUGCCAAGUCGGGCCACCCUUUCGAGGACUGUCUGAUCGAACUGGAAUGGGUGAACAAUCAGGGUACCGGGCCCGACUCGGGCACGCUGACCGUGCUCAACUCGGACGGCAUUACGACCAAAAUGCAGUUCUCGCUGUCCGAAAUUACGUGCAUCAUGUGCUGCAGUGAGCCCGGUUCCCCCCGGCUGGCCAUCCAUGCUCCCCGGCUGCCACCGGGAUCGUCGCCAUUGAAGCUGCAGUUCAGCGGCGAUACAGAUUUGGAGGAUUGGAUCUCGCAUCUCACCUCGGUCUGUUGCCAAAUCAACGAGGUGCAGGGUCGACCGUCGGCCCGCUCGGUGUGGAUAACGUCCGGGAUGGGCGAUGUGUUCGUGUUCGAUCCGAUUAAUCUGGAGUCAGCGCAGUGGGAGGAGGCGGCCAAGAGCUAUCGCCAACGAAUCGAUCUGACAGCGACCGAAACACCGUACCUAACAGCUCUUCAUAAUGGUAUGCUUAUCGGUUCACGGCUGGAAAUUUCGGGCUUCAUAUACGACGACGCCGACCAGGUGCGGUUCGAUCUGCAGGGCCACCCGACCGUCCGGUUGCGCCACAAGCUGGAAACGCAGCGCAACAUUCCGCUGCACAUCAAUCCAAGGUUUAACGAGAACCUGACCGUGUUUAACUCGAUGGCCGCAUCGGCGUGGAGUGAGGACGAAAUACGCGACAAGCUGGUCACGUUCGCACCGGGGGCAGAAUUCAAGCUGGAAAUCUACAGCGAUACGGACGGGUUCCGGGUGCAGGUGAAUGGCAAAGAGCAUCCCAAGUUUCACUACCGCAGCGGACUCGCACCGGACACCGUGUGCAGUCUGUACAGCAGCGGCCGGGUAAAAAUACUGCAGAUCGUGUACGACAGUCCGCGAAUCAUCAUCCCGCUGCGUGAUGUGUACUGGCGCCAGAUCGGGGGCCACAUGAAGCGGGUCGUUUCGAGCAAGGCCGGUGUCGUUUGGGGCAUCGGGUACGACAACACGGCCUGGGUGUACUCGGGCGGUUGGGGCGGCGCGUUCCUGAAGGGGCUGGAGACGAGCAGCCAAGGCAUCAACGUAAUGACGGACACGCAAAACUACUACAUCUACGAGAACCAGCGCUGGAAUCCGCUUUCCGGCUUCUCCUCCACCGGACUGCCGACCGAUCGGCACAUGUGGAGCGACGUGACAGGCAAGCACAAGCGCAGCAAGGAGCACGCCAAGCUGCUGUCGAUGCACUGGCAGUGGAUCAGCGAUUGGAUGGUAGACUUCCACAAUCCAGGCGGGGUCGAUCGCGACGGGUGGCAGUAUGCGGUCGAUUUCCCUGCUUCGUACCAUGCGAAAAAGCAGUUCACGGACUACGUGCGACGACGCCGCUGGUACCGCAAGUGUCGGCUAACGACGAGCGGACCGUGGCAGGAGAUCGGCAACACUAAGGUGGUGGACGUAGCGCUUCAGCCGGAUAGCGAUGAUGCGGACUGCACCAUCACGGUUUGGGCGAUUGCGGCAAACGGAGAUGUACUGUACCGUCGCGGUGUUUCCCAGUCUCAACCAGCGGGUACUGGCUGGGAACACGUUCCAUGCGAUCAACCCCUCACCAGUAUUAGUAUUUACGACAACAAAGUUUGGACGGUGGGCAAAAAUGGCAGUGCAUUCCUGCGAUGCGGUAUUACGGUGGACAAUCCACUCGGCAGCAAGUGGCAGCUGAUUGAACCACCGGGAGGCGUUAGUUUUAAGCAAAUCUCGGCAGGAAAGUGUGGCAUCUGGGCACUGGAUACGGUUGGGCGGCUUUCGGUACGGAAGGAAAUUAACGGCACCUUUCCGGAGGGUAGUCACUGGCAGCUCCUGCCCAACGUUCUGAACGAUCCACCGCACUAUGAGGGAAACAGUGGGUUUAAGAACGUUUCGGUUAGCGAGCACGUGUUUGCCGUCUCCCAAUCUGGCUACGUAUGCAAACGUAGCGGUAUUACGCCCUUGAAUCCAGCAGGCACUGGAUGGAUCCUCGGUAUUCAGGUACGUAAUUCAAGCGAAGUACUACGGUUGAAUCUUUUUAGUGUUUAAUUGACUUUUUUCCCUCAAUAUUUUUAGGCAAACUGGAGUUCCGUUAAUGUGACUGGGUUUUACGAUUGAACGACGAGGUGAUAAAAACAAUCUACUUACUUUAAAGUGGUGUAUUUAGCUUAAGGAAAACGUUUAACAACAACGCUAUAGCCCAAAAGACGCUAUUGCUUUCAAAGACAAAUCUACAAAAAAAAAUCUCACUGUACAUGAAUGUGUAAUCGUAUUUAUUGACAAAUCCUGCUUAUAAUUCCAGCAAUAACGUCAAAGCUACUGUUGCUUCAAACCAAAAUGAAGGAUUUAUUCCUGUUCAAAGCCAUUAGAAGUUGCUUUACAAGCUAUUUAUACGCUGCAACCGCUGUGUGAUGUUUUAGUGAAAAACAAAAAUCAAUGCGUUCCACCCCAAUACAUAGUUUUAGUUCAAAAUUGACUGAUAGGUUGAACGCGGAAUUUUCGGUAAAAUUGAUUACAAUAAACUUUUUGCUGUAACUGUAA